CUCGCCUCCUCACAGUUUCUCAUACACACUCAUCAAGGUCCGGAAGCGACAGGGCAUUGGAGAAUAUAUAAUAACCAGCCUGAGCUACUACUACCACCACCGCCACCCCAAAACAAUUCCUGAUCAUAACCGUCUUAACUUCUUGUUUUCAAUGAGGGGAAGGAAGAAGAUGUAAUAAGUUUUGUUUUAAAUCACAAACAUUUCCAUUUCAACAAUUACAAAGAGAAAAAAUAAUUUGGUGAAUAAAACGAAGUAAAAGCAAAACGCGAGACAGGGGGAAAGAUGGCAGCGAACAGUACAACAUUCGCCAGCAAAACGAAAACCAAGAAGAAACAUUUUGUGGCUCAGAAAGUAAAGCUGUUUCGAGCUAGUGAUCCAUUGCUUAGCGUCCUUAUGUGGGGAGUCAAUCACUCGAUCAAUGAGUUAAGCCAUGUCCAAAUUCCAGUUAUGUUGAUGCCAGAUGACUUCAAAGCCUACAGCAAGAUAAAAGUAGAUAACCACCUGUUCAAUAAGGAGAAUAUGCCAAGUCACUUUAAAUUUAAGGAGUACUGCCCUAUGGUGUUCCGAAAUUUGAGAGAGAGGUUUGCAAUUGAUGAUCAGGAUUACCAGAAUUCAGUGACACGCAGUGCUCCCUUUUCAAAUGAUUCACAAGGUCGAAGUGGAGCUCGUUUUCACACCACAUAUGACAGAAGAUACGUGGUGAAAACUAUAUCCAGUGAAGAUGUGGCUGAAAUGCAUAACAUUUUGAAGAAAUACCAUCAGUAUAUUGUGGAAUGUCAUGGGAACACCCUCAUUCCGCAGUUCCUAGGAAUGUAUCGAUUGACAGUGGAUGGUGUUGAGACCUACAUGAUUGUCACAAGGAAUGUCUUUGGCCAUCGACUCCCUGUUUACAGGAAGUAUGAUCUAAAGGGUUCCACAGUGGCCAGAGAAGCUAGUGACAAAGAAAAGGCCAAAGAGCUACCAACAUACAAGGACAAUGAUUUUAUAAAUGAUGGGCAAAAAAUUUACAUUGAUGAGAACAACAAAAAGAUGUUCCUUGAAAAACUCAAAAAAGAUGUUGAGUUCCUUGCUCAGCUGAAGAUCAUGGAUUACAGUCUUCUGGUUGGUAUUCAUGAUGUUGAGCGAGCUGAACAGGAAGAGAUGGAGUUUGAGGAUGAAGAAGAAGAAGGAGAAAGUGAUGGGGCUGGAGCCCAUACAACUGGAUCAUGUGGAACCCCUCCAGAUAGCCCUGGGAAUACACUGAACAGUUCAAAGCCAUUAGCUCCUGGUGAAUUUGACCCAGCUAUUGAUGUGUAUGCCAUAAAAAGCCAUGAAAACUCCCUGAGGAAGGAGAUUUACUUUCUGGGAAUUAUUGACAUUCUAACACAUUAUGAUGCAAAGAAGAAAGCUGCACAUGCUGCCAAAACAGUUAAACAUGGUUCUGGUGCCGAAAUCUCCACCGUCAACCCGGAACAGUACUCGAAACGCUUUGUGGAAUUUAUCACCAGUAUUUUGACAUAGCUUAACAUGGAUAACACAUGCAGAGAAUGGGAGGGAUGAUAAAAAAUAUGAAAAUGAAAUGGGCUAAAUGAAGUGGCAUCUGCAGUGUUUGUCUUGCUGAAAGCAUUCCCUUUUACAUCUUCUGAAUAAGAUGACUGAUGGAAAAUAGCUUUAACUGCUUCCUGAAACUGCCAGCACAGUACUCACAAUUAAGAACUUUAUUUUGUGGGAAGGAUAUAAAAUCGGAGUGCACUGCUUUAGCAACACUCCAAAACUCGCUGUGAUGGAACUUUAUGGGGGGAGGUACUUUCAGUAUGGGAAGAAACUGCAUGUUAAUUGACAUACAGCAAUUACAGGUUUCAAAUUAUAAACUGUGGAUCAGUUUAUCACUUGAACUGAAAGAUGCAGAGCAGUAUUUGUUUAUCUUGCUAAUGUUCCACUUCCAUUGUGCACACUGGCACUCCUCAAGAUAGCUUCACGGUUUAUUGUUUCUUCAAAGGGAGUCUUAACAAAAUACAACUUCCAAAGUCCUGUUGUGUUGAGUUAGUCUCAAUCAUCACUUUAGGUAGCUUGCACUAAUUGAGUUUAAAAGUUAAUAAUACUUCAAGCAAGAGAUCAGAUUAAGAAAUCACAAAUUUUGGUCACAUUUGUUCACAGUAAUUGAGUGUCUCAAAGCUCUGAUAAAUUAACUAAGGUGUCACAGUACAGAAAAGAUGCCAAUUAAGUGUCAGAAUCUGACUGAUGAUUAUUUAUCAUCGUUUUAGACCACAUUUUAAUGCAUUUCUAGCUUUUAUUUGAAAAAAAUUAAAUAAAUUGUUGGAUAAUUGAAGUCUCCAUUUGCACAACAGAUCCCAUUGUAGCAGGAUUUGAAUAGCGUGUGGGAAGAAAAAUUGAAUUUGUAACAUUUCAGACUAUUGAUCAUUAUUUGUGCAGUUUGAUUUCAUUAUUUCAUCUCAAUGUAAAAGAAUUUUCAAUUCACGUUAAUAGUGUUUACAAGAGAAAUGUCUGAAAGUGUCACAUGUGAGCAGGUUUUUUUAUAUGGAUUAGUUUUCAAAUAAAAUGUCCUUAUAGAAGUCUUUCUCCACCAUGUUCGAGCAGAUCUGACACCUAUUUAGCAUACUUUUCACAUUGAGGAAGAGAUUAAGACUAUCUUAACACAACAGUAAUAUUUCAGAAAUCACGGUUGCCUUUUUAGUUUCUGCAACAUUAUUUUUAGGUAUUAUGUAAAUAUGUAAUAAAUGGUUGCUUGAAUUUAUGAUCAUAUUUGUUAUUUUAAGCAUGAAUUAAUCUUUUCUGUACUAUUUCCACUAUCUAAUUAUGCAGAUUAUGUCCUAUUAAAUAAAAUAUGCUUAAUAUGUUUAAAGAUUACACUGUGCAACAAGUGUGCCUUUUCCUAGGUGUAUCAUUGAAAUUGCUGUUACGUCUAUACAAAUUUCAUUGCUGUGUCCUCCCCAGACGUCUGGGAACUUAAGCAGGCAAAGGAGUGCCAGAAUGCCUUUUCCUAUUAAAAAUGUGUCAAUGCUGUUUGGACUGCAAUUUUUUUUAAAUGCUUCACUUAGGUAGCAAUUACCUAGAUUAAACUAGGAUUCUAGUAUCAGCAUCUUCAGUGGCCAAAGGCAAUAUCAUCAGUGUGACUAUGUAAUAAUUUAACAUGGUUUUGUUACUCUUGGUAAAGUGAUGUUAACGCUGUUAUGUAAAUGUACAGUUAUAUAUUUUACGUAUUUAAAAAAAAUCCAUAAUCACUGUGCCGGUCAUGUUCAUUUCAAAUUUUCUGUAAGAUGCUGUACUUUCCAUUGGUAAUAGGACCAGAAAAAACAAAGCCCAUUUGGGGGAUAAAGAGGUACAUGUGCAAACAAUAUAUUUGGGCAAAAAUCCCCCUCUGUGGCUCAUCUGUGUAUUUUAGAUGCUUCUGGCAGCUUAAAAUAUAAAUGCACAAUGUUUUGUCUCUAUUAGGUCAUUCAUGUAAAUAAUUUUUUUUGUUAAAGUGAUGCAACUUCAUAAAACAUGUACUAGUGCUACAUUCUACACACUCCAUAACUGAGCUUUGCUUUAUGAAAUAAAGCUCUCUUUUGUCUCAAAA